GCGUGGAUCUCGUGCCUGUUGGAAAUUCGCCUCGAGUGUCGUUUCCACUGCUCGAAAUCGUUUCUUCGAUUCGUUUCACCGCUAUUUCGCGCGAGUGUGUGCUCGAUAAAAAGUAAAAAUUCGUAUUCGAUCGAAACGAUGGUUUCGGCGGUUUGUGAGGAAGGUGUCUCGAGAACAGCUCGUAAAUAGUUUUUCAAAGUGGUUUAAAACGUGUUGAAAAAAAUAGUUUUCAUGAAAGAAAUUCUCGAUUCUACGAUUUCUAUAUUUCGAUUUUCCAAUGGGAGUUACAGUUUCGAAGUUUGAGCAGUGAGAAGAAUGUUUGAGAGAGGAACGAUGUUUGGGGAAUUAGUGUGAAUUGAGCGGAAGUUUCGAGAGUGAAAAAUAUAAAAUGCGGGCAGUGUAGAAAAUUUUCAAAGCUCGAUGCAAUUUUGAGUUUAUUGGAGAUAAGGAAAAAUCUCUCGACGAGGUCGAUCGAAUUCCUCGAAAAUUUGCCGAUCACGGGACGCGAAAUCUCCAUAAGUCCGGGCUAAACCCUUUGGACUUUGGACGAGCACAAUGCACGUGGAUACGCGAGUGAAUCCAUCUCUUCUCCGACGCCCGUCCUCCACCCCCGAGAAUUCCAACACCGUGUUCGCGUCCGACUACCUCGAACAGACUUCACCCUGAGCCAUUUGCCGGCGCGCGUAACAUGGUCACAGGCGGUUCGUGUUGGAAUGGAAGUCAGUGAGCCAUCGGACGAGGACGUGGACCGAUCGAUAGGCAGGCUCACCACGACGACUUCCGGCAUCGACCGCCUCUCGCAGUCGCUCAACUCGAGCGCCCACGACGCGUUUUCCGUUUCUGGGGACAUUUAUCAACCGAUCAACGUCGUUUGGACGGGUAUCAAGGGCGUGGUGAUCAUCGGUAUCAUCGUUACCGCGCUUAUAGGGAACGCUUUGGUGAUCGCGAGCGUGAGAAGGCACCGGAAGCUACGCGUGCCGACCAAUCGUUACGUGGUCAGCCUGGCGGCCGCCGAUUUCCUCGUCGCGGUCUGCGCCAUGUCCUUCAACGCGUCCGUCGAGCUGAGCGGUCGAUGGAUGUUCGGCAGGAUCAUGUGCGACGUGUGGUGCUCGUUGGACGUGUAUUUCUCCACAGCCUCGAUCCUGCAUCUGUGCUGCAUCAGCGUGGACAGAUAUUACGCGAUUGUCAGGCCGUUGGAGUAUCCAGCGAUCAUGAAGAGGCUCACUGUCACCUGUAUGCUGGCCAGCGCGUGGCUGCUCCCAGCUUUCAUCAGUUUCAUUCCCAUUUUCAUGGGGUGGUACGCCACGGACGAGCAUCUGGAACAGUUGGACAAUGAUUCUCAGAUAUGCACGUUCGAGGUGAACCCACCGUACGCUGUGAUUAGUUCCUCGGUCUCCUUCUGGAUCCCCGGUCUCGUGAUGAUUGUCAUGUACUGCAAGAUCUACAAGGAGGCUGUUCGACAAAAAGAGGCGCUUAGCCGUGCCUCGAGCAAUACCGUCCUAAAUAGUGUUCACUUGCAUCGGGCGUCCACCUCGAGGCAUCAUUCCAGGGCGUCCCAUCAAUUGUUGCUGCACCCGAGCGACGCCAGUGACUUUGGCAGACCUAUGUCGUAUAGAACCGCGGCGGAGUUAAACGUGGAGAACGGCACUUCGAUACGACAACAAACGAAGAGUUGGAGAGCUGAGCACAAAGCUGCGAGGACGCUCGGAAUAAUAAUGGGCGCAUUCCUUCUUUGUUGGCUGCCAUUUUUCCUUUGGUAUCUAACCACGUCCUUGUGCGGCGAGGCCUGCUACUGUCCAGACACGGUGGUGUCCGUCCUAUUCUGGAUAGGUUACUUCAACAGCGCCCUGAAUCCGCUUAUUUACGCGUACUUCAACCGCGACUUCCGCGAGGCCUUUAAGGACACGCUGAAGAGCGCCCUCCCCUGUUGCGCCAGUUGUUGGAAAACACCGUCGCAAUUCGUCUAGCGAGAAAAACCCCCGUGAAUAAUCGCGUCGAGCAAAUUGUUUCUUGCGAUCCAUUGGGAAUAUCGGUAUCUGCUCGUUCGCCCAAUGAUUCGUCCAACUCGAUUUGGUAAACAUCGUAAAAAUAAACCUAUCGAGUUCGUUUGUUACAAUUGUGAUUCGAUUCCCUUUAGAGACGAACGAAAGAGGGUGUAGUUAAAGGUAAUGGAAGAAUCUUUUAUAAUAUAUGGAGUUUCGUAUGAUGGGGAAAUUUGAGAUGUUGAUUGUAUGAACACGAAAAGUAAGAUUCUGUUAUUUUCCCGUUAAAAUUCGUGCACGUAUGAAUUGACAAAUAAAAUCGAAUCUAUAAAUAUGUUCAUCUAUGAAAAUCCAAUAAGGCGAGAAUUCAAUGCAAUUCGAAUAAAAUAUUCCGAUUAAUAUAAAUAUUAUUAUAUUUAUUUAUUAGAUAGUACUUACUUAUAAUUGUUCAUCAUAGAAUAUCAUUUUAUAUAUCUUAUUUUAUACAUGAUCGAAACUAUAUUUAUUUAUUAAAAUCAUGGACAAAAUUAAAAAAUAAAUAAAUUAACGAAUAAAAUAUC